GGUAGUGUGUUUUUUCAAAUUCAAACCAGCGUGCCCCGGGCGCAAUGCGGCAGUGCUGCGUUUCCUUGCAUGACCGUUGUUGUGCAGAGGAGCAAACGGGCAGGUUACAGUGUCCCGGUGCGGUUGUGUGUGUCCUCCGGCAUGGCAGUAGCGAGUCACGUGGCCAGCAUAAAGUGCACGAUCAUGGUGGCUGUGUGCGUUGUCCAUUGCCCUGUUGUCGCGUUCUGAUGACGCAAGUGCGUAUGGCAGACCUGUUGAGGAAGACUGCUCUCCUUGCUCUCCUCCUGUUCGCCUUGCUGGCCGUUCUUGUCGUCCAGCUGUGGCAGCUAGGCAGGCGGGCUGCAGUACAGCGUCGGCCGAAGUCGUCGAAGAAGAAGGUUAGGUUCGUAGGUGCAGAAAAGUCGAUGGGGGAUUAUCGUUCAGGGGCGGGGCGAGAGCACGGGAUGGAAGGGGCAGGCUUUACCAGCGGGACGGAUGUGCAGGAACAUCGUUUUGAUCCGGCGUUGUACUCGCAUCUCCCCUCUUGGCAACAGCCCCUGCCAGACGAUAAUCAUUGGGAACCGCCUCUGUCGACUCUUCCACUUGGAUGGGGGUCGACGCAGACUUCUUACGACACGGUGGGGAUACCUCACCGUCGUGCCAGUUCCAUGGGGCCCAUGUCUGCGCUCCUCGGCGAAGUUCGCGAAGGGGGCGGACAUCCUCUUGAUCUUCAUCUAUCCCCUUCAUGCAGCAUGCACGUCUCGAGGACGCUGAUCGUCGACCACAGCAGCGAUGGCCGCCGUCCCAUGACAGUUGCAACGGAUGUGCCUACGAAGGGAUUGUCCAGCGUGUCAGUGAAUCGGCAACAAGAAGUGGCGAUGAAGGACAUUGGUGCGGCUGCUGUGGAUAGCGUGCAGAGGGGUGUAACGGGUGGGACGACGGCUGCAGAAUCCCCGCCUGUCAUUGAAGGAAUCAUAGCGCGAGUGUCAAACAUGCGUGCGACGGGCCAAGGUGAACAGGGUGGCGUCGGGAACGCGGGUUGUGAGGAAGAGGGUGAAGUCGAUGGCGACGACGAAGAUGACUCAGAUACUGAUGAGGAGGAGGAGGACGGUGUUCAAGAAGUGACAACUCGUGGGGGCAAGAAAAAAGGAAGCAAUGGCCAUGGGAAACUUGAAGAGGGAUAUCAGGAGGACUACCUCACGAAUGCUGGUAGAAACUUUGCGCGGAUGAAGAUGAAAGAGUGGAAGUGGACGGACAUAUCAAACCGGAUGAGGCAGCAAGGUGUAAUGCGAGACUGGGACUCGUGCAUGAAGAGGUGGGAGAACGUCAUUGGCCAUUACAAGAAAGUGCUUGAGAGGGAGAAGGAGUCUGGUGUGGAAUCCUUCUUCACACAGACGCCGAAGCAGCGCAAGCAGCUCGGGUACAAGUUCACGAUGGACCGGAUGGUGUAUGACGCCAUUGACGGGAUGCAGCAGGAUAACUAGGCUAUACAUCCGCCAAAUCUGGCGGACUCGGGCAUUCCCCAACCUCAACAGUCCCAACAAGGCGAGAAAAGCCAUGUCCACGG